UCAGACGCCAGAGCGAUAAUCCAAGUCAGGUCUGGUUGUGCUCCUCUCAUCUCGACGGGCAGUGCUGCGAUUUCAAGUAUUUGAAAACCCAGAAAGUCUUUACGCUGUUUCUUUUGCUCUUUUUAUAAUUUAAGAUAUUACACUUGUCAUAGAGCUAGAAUUUGAUAACGUUGUUAGAAAUGCGAGUGUGUGUUAGCUUAAAUGUUUUGGCAGUAAACCAUGACAGGUUGAGGGAUAUUUCCUGACUUCUUUUCGUCCGUGGUUCAGCUUUUAAAACCGAAGUAUCAAGGCUUCAAGGCGUCGUGGAAAACGUAUACGGAAGGAGUUGACGGCUGCAUUUUUCUCCCAAUUAGCUGAGCAUAUACCAAUAUAAAAUUAUAAGAAUCCAUCAUGUCUAAGGAACGAGCAAGCAAACGGUUUUACCGUGUGGACAGCAACUAUGAUUUCAUGGCUGCCAUGGAUAAAGGUCAACUUGCCUACACCCAAAAUAGAUGGACAUUUGAGGCUGCAUGGGAGGUUGCAAACAAAGUCGGUGGAAUUUACACAGUCAUCCGGUCCAAAGCAUAUAUUUCAACAGAAGAAAUGGGAGAUCACUACGUAUUAAUGGGACCAUACAAAGAGCAUUGCGCCAGAGCUGAGAUUGAUGAGGCAGAUUUUGCUCCCGAUUCUCCUCUUGAUAUUGCCGUACGCAGAAUGAGAGAUCGAGGAUUCAAGCUGCACACAGGAACUUGGCUUGUUGAUGGCAAUCCUCAGAUUGUUUUGUUCGAUAUUGGCUAUGCUGCCUGGAAACUGGAUGAGUACAAGAAUGAACUGUGGAGCAAAUGCAGUUUGGGUAUUCCUCAUCUAGAUAUGGAAGCUAACGAUGCUGUAAUUCUAGGAUAUCAAAUGGCUGAAUUUAUUGAAGAGUUCAAAAAAGCAGCUGAUGAAGACAGUUAUGAAAAUGCCAAAAUUGUAGCUCAUUUUCAUGAAUGGCAAGCUGGUGUGGGUCUUAUUGCCUUGCGCAGUCGGCUCAUCGACGUUGCCACAGUAUUUACAACUCAUGCAACUUUGCUUGGUAGAUAUCUUUGUGCUGGUAACACUGAUUUCUACAACAAUCUUAGCACUUUCAAUGUUGAUGAAGAAGCAGGGAAAAGGCAAAUAUAUCACAGGUACUGUAUGGAAAGGGCUGCAUCACACUUAGCACAUGUUUUCACAACAGUUUCUGAUAUCACUGGCUAUGAGGCAGAAAAUUUACUGAAACGAAAACCAGACUUCAUCACGCCCAAUGGAUUGAACGUCAUAAAGUUUUCUGCUGUCCACGAAUUCCAAAAUCUUCACGCCCGAGCUAAAGAAAAGAUCAAUGAGUUCAUUCGUGGUCAUUUCUACGGGCAUUACAAUUUCAAUUUAGACAAAACUCUUUACUUUUUCACGGCUGGGCGUUAUGAAUUCGGGAACAAAGGAGGUGAUAUCUUCAUUGAGUCUCUAGCAAGAUUGAACCAUUAUUUGAAAAAUGCGCACUCAGACACUACAGUAGUAGCUUUCAUCAUCUUUCCAACAAAAACAAAUAACUUCAAUGUUGAAAGUCUUAGAGGAAGUGCUGUAACCAAAAGUUUGCGAGAUACUAUCCAUGAAAUUCAAGCAAAAGUAGGAAAACGGAUGUACGAGACCUGUUUAAGUGGUGUCAUGCCAGACCCAGAAGAUUUGUUCACAAAAGAAGACAAGAUGCAUAUCAAGCGCUGUCUAUUUGCACUCCAGCGGCACUCUCUUCCACCUGUAACGACUCACAAUGUUGUUGAUGACUGGAAUGACCCUGUUUUAACAUCUUUAAGGCGGUGUUACCUAUUUAAUUCACCUGAUGAUCGAGUCAAGGUCAUAUUCCAUCCUGAGUUUUUAUCCUCAACCAAUCCUCUAUUCGGUCUAGACUAUGAAGAGUUUGUUCGUGGAUGCCAUCUAGGAGUGUUUCCAAGUUACUACGAGCCAUGGGGUUACACACCAGCUGAAUGCACUGUCAUGGGCAUUCCAUCAAUCACAACAAAUCUCUCUGGUUUUGGUUGUUUCAUGCAAGAGCAAAUAGCAGAUCCUCAGAGUUAUGGUAUUUAUGUCGUUGACAGGCGGUACAUCGGUCUUGAAGACUCCGUUCGUCAGCUUGCACAAUUUAUGUAUGAUUUCACUCGUCUAAACCGCAGGCAAAGAAUUAUCCAACGUAACCGAACAGAGAGGUUAAGUGAUUUGCUAGAUUGGAGAAAUUUAGGAUCGUACUACAUGGAAGCAAGGAACAAAGCCUUAGGGAUAGUUUACCCCGAUUUUAAAGUAGAGCACGAAGGAGAAGAUGCCCAAAGACGACGAAGAUUCAGUUACCCACGACCAUACUCUGAGCCACCUUCUCCUGCAAGCAGCAGACCUACCACUCCAGCGCAUUCCGUUCACGGCUCCGAUGAGGAAGAUGAAGUCGAUGAAGAGCAAGAGCUAGCUGAAUUAAAUGGGAAGUAGUGAUGCAGCAGUUAUUUCAGCAGUCAAAUGACAUAAAUUCUCGCCUUGCUUAACAGUUACAUCACUGCCUUGUGUCACCUUAAAAACAUUUCCAGGAAUGUGCGGAAGUUUUCUGAGAGUCUGUCAAUUUUUUUUAUUUUUCCAAGCUUCUACUCAUCAGUAGCAAGAUAAAGAAAAAUUGAUCGCUGUAUUUUACGUAGAAUAACUUGUUUUCUUUUUGAACUGGAAAUCCUUGCGGGCUGUCAUGUUCCGUCAUUUUAUCCUUACCUGUGUUUUUUUUAAAAAAGCCAGCCAUAGCUUCAAGCAAUGUUGUUUUUAAUUCAAUUGUUCUUAAUUUGUUAUUUGUUCAUCUAAAAACUGAAAAUGUUCUUCUCUCUUUGUCUCAUAGAUAGUCAUUUUUGUCUAAUCAAUCUAAUAUUUCAACUCAUUAUUCUAACAUACUUUAACUCUGCCUGAGAUCUGUACCUCCUUACUCAUCAUUUAACGUAUACCUUAUUGUGAGUAUUUAAAUAUCUAUCGAGACUUAAGAUCAAUUUUGUGUGCCAUCAAGUGACUUUAAGUAAUCUUUUUAGUUCUAACUGAAUUAAUGCAUUGUUUGAUUGUGCCACGAAAUUUACAUACGCUGUCAUGUUUUUUUAGGUUGUCAAUUCCUUUUAAUCUUUUUACAAGAAAGUAAAUUAGUAUUCUCACUCAAGACGUUCACAAAAUGUAUCUCAUGUGGUGAUGACUUAUCGUAGUGAAGUUAAUGUGAUGAUAUUUGUUGGUUAUCUGUCAAAAACUUACAAAGUGAGCUAUAGUAAUGAAACUGCACCUACAAGCUUACAAUAGUUCUUCAUAAAUGCUUUGAUUUGAUAUUUUGUUGUUUUGCUACUUUAAAAGGUCAGUUUUAACCUACAUGUUUUUCUUCUGUAUUUUGUUUAACCCUAUUAUUUUCUCACAUUGUUUUUUCUUUAAUUAUCAGGUUCUGUUUCUUGUAAAAAGAUUUCUUUAUUCUUAGUGUAGCAGCUUUAUUGUGAGGUCUUCUUUUAUCAGUUUCGAUGAACCUUCAUCACAUGAAGAUUAUGGAAUACUACAGCUUUGAUGAAAGUGAAUCAAUAAUUCUUUACUGAAUACUUAGUUCUCAGCUUUUUAAUGUCAAAAUCGUCGUCUUUUGACUUGUCCCUAGUCAGUAUUUUUAACAAUCAUCUUUGACACUAAUGUCCUCUUUUCAUAGCUUAAAAGGAAAUUUAUUGCUUUCACUGUCUGCUAGUCACAACCGAUCUGAGAAGUACAGAACAAGACUUUGAUAAAGAAACCUUGAAAAUGAAGUGAUGAAUGAUUCAUUCAGGAUGUAACAUGUUAGUUACAUAUCUCGUACUUAAGUUACCUAGUCUUCAGUUUUUGCCCUGUUCUUUUCUUUAACUUAAAUUGUUGAUUUUUAUUUUAAUCUGUUUUUAUCUCGGUGAUAUUACUAAUGCUGCUCUUUUCCUCCAAAGGGUGACUUAAAACCCCCUUCUUUCAUCAUCUUGCAGCCUUUUCUGUACUGUUUUAUCUACUCUUGUUAUAAAAUCUGUACUUUUCUUGCAAUUUAGUGCCAAAUUGAGUCAAGUCUGAAUGAAAUUUUGAGAUCUGAUUUUUUUGUUAACAAUCUGUUGUAUGUAGUCAAAGAAAGCGAAUACCAAAUCUUUUUUAUUUAUGUUUUUAGGACAAAUUUUUACCUUUUCUUGUGAAGUCCCCGUAUUUUUGUACUUAAUUUUUAGUAAUUGUUUUUUAAGAUAUGCUCUUUAAAUGUUGUAGAGCUAUAUUUUUUCAUUAUACCCCCCAGAGUAAUGCCCUGGAAUUGAGUUCCAAAUACCUGCUGUAGAAUUUGUGCCUUCUUCAAAUUAAUUAGAAAAAUAAAAUCAUAUUUUGUUACUACUAUUGAA